AACCUCAGUUAGUGGCACCAUCAACCACUGUGCCUCUAGCGCUGGAAACCUUGGAGUUGUUCUUAAAUCCCUUCUUCUUCUUCUUUUGCUUCUUCAUCCUUAUAUCUAAUCAAGCAUUUUCACCUCCUAGAUAUCACCUGGUUGGGACCUCAUCAGCACUCACUUGGACUACUACCACUGCCAUCCAACAGAAGCCGCCUCCUCCCUUCUUGCUAGCACUGCUAAACCUUUCCUCUACACAGCUGCAAGGGAAUUGGAGCUUACAAGAGUGUGUUACCUUGCUGUGACUAUAUUCAAAGGCUGGGUCGAUUGAUCCCCUGCAAGAUACACUUGAAGGUUAAGUAACUACAGAUCUCGGCUAAUCCUGUGUAAUCUGCUGUGACUAAAUGGAUGUUUGCAUUCCUUGCACACCGGUUUCUGAAUGCUUAGGAUUUGGUUUUUACCUUUUGUUCCAAUAACCUCUAACAGGAGCAAUGCAUCUCUUGGCCUGUCUGUGUGUCGUACUUAGCCUUUUGGAGGGAGUGAGCUGUCUGUGUCCUUCACGGUGCUUCUGCGAUGGCCACGGCACAAAGGAUGGCACAGGAUCCAGGUUGGUGCUGUGUAAUGACCUGGAUAUGAACGAGGUCCCUGUGAACAUACCCGUGGACACCUUGAAGCUUCGCAUCGAGAAGACUGUCAUCAGCAGGAUCCCUGCUGAGGCCUUCUACUACCUGGUGGAGCUCCAGUACCUCUGGGUGACUUAUAAUUCUGUGGCCAGUGUUGACCCCAGCAGCUUUUACAACCUAAAGCAGCUGCAUGAGUUGCGCUUGGACGGGAAUUCUCUGGCUGCUUUCCCUUGGGCAUCACUGCUGGAGAUGCCCCAGCUGAGGACCCUGGAUUUGCACAAUAACAGAAUAGCCAGUGUGCCAAUUGAGGCAACCAGGUACCUGAAGAACCUCACCUACUUGGAUUUAUCAAGCAACAGACUAACCACACUGCCACCAGAUUUCCUGGAGAGUUGGUCCCACUUACUUGCAACAGCUACCAGAAGCCUGGACCUUUCACCAAGAAGGAUUAUUCUUGGUCUACAGGACAAUCCUUGGUUCUGUGACUGUCACAUUUCCAAAAUGAUUGAGUUGUCAAAGGUUUCUGACCCUGUAGUAGUGCUUCUUGAUCCACUGAUGAUUUGUAGUGAACCAGAGAGCCUUACAGGAAUUUUGUUUCAACGGGCUGAGUUGGAGCAGUGUCUAAAGCCAUCAGUGAUGGCCUCGGCCACCAAAAUCACAUCUGCUCUGGGCAGUAAUGUUCUGCUACGGUGUGAUGCCACUGGCUACCCCACCCCACAGCUCACGUGGACCAAAUUGGAUGACUUGCCGGUUAAUUAUACAGUAAUUCAGGAAUCUCCAGGGGAAGGAGUCAGAUUGUCCAUAAUAAGCUUCACAGGCAUUUCUUACAAGGAUGCUGGGGAUUACAAAUGCAAGGCCAAAAAUUUGGCUGGGAUGUCAGAAGUUGUAGUUACUGUGACAGUGGUUGGUGCCAUCACAACCACUAUAUCGUCUGACAUGUCUGAAAGGAGAACUGUUGAAGAUCACCCUGAGCAAGAGGGCAAGCCAGAAUCUGGAAGAUCUGCAUCCACACCUACUUCACCAUCAUCUCCCCGGCCCUCUUCCUCCCGUGCUUCUUCCACUUCUUUUUCUACUUCUACUUCGUCUCCUUCCAUCUCUUCCUUCUUCUUAUCUCCAGCCUCCUCCAUUGUUUCCUCCACCACAACUCUAAGCACUAGAAUUUUGGCAAGCACCACCUUGGCCAGCAGACUGCCACUCCAGCACCAUCCAGAUGGGAAAGGAAAUUUAAAGGUGGAAGUAGGUGGAAGUAAGCUUCCCCCAGCUAGUGCAAGUAAGAAAGAAGAGUUGGCAUUAUUGGAUCGAGCAACACCUAUGGAGACAAAUACCACAGUAGAAAAUCUCAGGAUAGACAGCCAGACCGAAGAGAGUGUGACUUUGAUGUGGGACACCGUCAGUGCCACACAUAACUCUGUGUUGACCGUAUUGUACUCCAAGUAUGGUGAGAAGGACCUGCUCUUGCUGAAUGCAGACUCUAGCAAGAACCAAGUAACCAUAGUUGGUUUGGAGCCUGGCAGGCAAUAUCAGGCAUGUGUCUGUCCAAAAGGUGUGCCUCCCCAGAAAGACCAAUGUAUCACCUUUUCUACCAAUGGAGUUGAAGAAGAAGAUGAGUUUUCAAACUGAAUAUGGAAAGAACUAUGGGAACUGCAGCCUAAGAUAGGUGAGGAAUUAGUAAGCUAACUCCAAGAUGUUCUUCCCAUAACCAAUCUCCUUUCUUUGGAUAAAAUAACAUUUCUGUGCCUUUGACUCUCUUGACACAUAUUCCCCAGAGGUUCUCUGUUCAUCGUCACCCCUAGUCAUAUAUAAAAAUCUUGAGUAGAGCAGGAAAUGGUAGACACCUCUGGUUCUUCAGUGCUACUCCUGCAUGUGAUAUAAACUCAUUAGUAGAUGUGUUCAUAUGAUAAAGAAAGAAAAUGUUGAAAAUGAUCUGAUGCUGUAUUAACAGAUUAAAUCUUACGUGGAUAAAUGUAAAAUUUUGCACUUGGAUAAAAAUCACUUAGCACAAAUAUGGAACUUAAAAUGAAAAAAAAUUGUGACUUUAGUUGAUUACAACCAUUCUAUGAACCAACAGAAUUGUGGAAUUGCUAAAAAUGCUAGCAUAAUAUUAAAUUACUUUAAUAUAAGUAGUGGUUGCAUCAAGGGAGAUAGAGUCCCUCUGACUCUGUAGACCAGGUCUACAGGAUCAGGUUUAAUGUUGAGUGCCAAAUUUAAAUGGGGACCCUGACAAACUAAAGAGUAUCCAAAGGAAGGCCAGUAAGAGUCUAGAAACUUCUGUCAUGAAAGAAAGGGUUAAGGGCCUGGAUAACAGACUAUGGGGAGAACUAAUUGGCUUAGAAUAUUUGAGAACUUUUAAUGCAACAAAGAGAACUAUUGCCCUAAAAUAAUAUGCUUAAGAGGAUCUACUUAGCUUGUUAAAGUGGAGACCACAGGGUUCCACAUGUAGAAAUUCUGAGUCAGCCACAUGGGUCCUUAGAAAUUGCAUGUGACACUCAACCCAGGAGAGUGAUGCAGGUGAUGGAAAUAAAGACUGAGAAACACUGCUCUAUGCAGUAUUAAAAUUUCAAGGAAGGAGAUUUUGGCUCCAUAUUAAAAAAAUUGGGUGUAACAACCAGGAUUAGAAAACAGCGGAAUAAACUAUGUUAUAAUAAUAUUACUGAGGACAUCAUGGAUAUAGAGGAGUCAGGGAUGAUGCAGAAGGGCAUUGAGGGAAUGGUGGACUAAAAGUCCUUUGGUCAAACUUUUGGACUAUAGUAGAAAGAAAGGAAAAUUAAUAAAAGUGUAUUUGUUGAUUUCUAUGGAAUGUGAAUGCUGAUAUCUGUAUUGAUAGGU